UAUAUUUUUAUAAGAAAUUAAAAUUAAUUGUUCUGGACUAAAUCAUCGAAAACAAAUAUUGAGAAUCAAAUUAAAAAUAUAAAAUUUUGUACGGAUGAACAGUGAAAUACUUAAUCGAGUAGAGUGGGGCGGAGCUUAGGAAGAAAUGGCAUCAGGGUGGGGAAUUACAGGAAACAAAGGCAGAUGCUACGAUUUCUGGAUUGAUUUCAGCGAGUGUAUGUCUCAAUGCAGAGAGCCUAAGGACUGCGCUUUCCUCCGUGAAGAUUACCUCGAGUGCCUCCACCACUCUAAAGAGGAGUUUCAGCUGACAAGCAAACCCCAACAAGCAUAUUCCGUACAUUUAUCUCUCAGAACGGAGUUUUAUCGGGCACAUCAUUGGUGGUCAUACUUUGAUGUGUGACUUCUGAAAUAUGAACGUCUUACUUAUCUAAGUUAGGAUUCAUGCUUGGGAUCAGUCAGGUAUUUGUGGACCACUAAUAAAUUGCACAACCAGUGAAGGUGAAAGAUAACUAGUGUCUAAGAUGCAGUAUUAGCACAUCCCAGAAUUCAUAUGAAAGAAGGCUUUGGAAUAACUUCAAAGCUGGAAAUAAGUAUGCUGUAGUAAAAAAAUUUCAUUUUUAUCAAUGAACUGGGUGGAAAAUGAUUGGAUCUUUGUAUGCAAUGUCUUGAAUUGUGCUGAGGGAUUGUGAUUUUAACAAACCCAUAUGGUUGCUUUUUUUUUCUCCUUUUUUAGAAUCCUUGAGUUGCAAUUUUUAGUGACUUCUUUCUGAAUGCCUCUAUAAAUUGCAGAAUGGUCGUGUAAUUGGUGUUCAGCCUAACAGUUACAUGGGAUUGGUUUUAAUGGCCUUGUUUUAUUCUCUAUGUCUCAUGUUAUGCUGUGUCUCAGCCUCUAUCCUUUGAUUCAUGUCUUGUGGAUGCUUUCACGCGGGUCUUAUUUUUGCUGCGCAUAUUGACUCCAACCAUGGUUGAUUUGAAUUUU